CCGCGGCGGGCGCGCGGGGCUGCGGCGGCGGCGGCGGCGGCGGCUCCGGGUGAGUCCGCUCCUCCCCCUCCCCUGCCACAGCCCCCGCCCCAGCCCGAGCCGGGGGGCGGCCCCGGCGCGUGGGACGGGGGUCGGUGCAGAAACGCGUGGCUCUCGGGCCGGGCAGUGGGAGUCUGCAGCGCUCGCUGGCCGCGCCGGGGGAGGGGCACGUGGCCCUGGAAGGGGGAUCCCGAAACACCUGGGUAUACCCCAUCCCUCGCCCACCGAUCCCCGAGGCGCGGGGAUGGUUUACCCAUUCCAUGGCCCCUAAGGACUUAGGUCUCCGCUGUCGUUCAAGGUCCUCGACAUCGUUCCGCUCCCCUACAGUGUCUUGGGACCCUGACAUUUAACCCCCCCGCAAUACCUCAAAAAAAAAAAAAAAAAAAAAAAAAAAAAAAAAAAAAUCUCGUUCUCUCUGCAGCUCAGAGGCAUUCAGGACUUCAACUCCCAGCAGACCUUGCAGUGCCGGGUCUAGAAAACCUCUGCAGCGCAAGCGCGAGGCCUGCCGGGAGUUGUAGUUUACGAGUGCUUACCGGCGUGGGGCCCGGGGGUGGGAGGGUGCAGCGGGACCCCAGGGGUCGCCUGGGGUCGAGCAACUGGUUCCAGUAGGGCAAGAUGUGUGACUUGGGCUGAGCUUUCCCCCUCCCCCGGCCUCGGCCCCCAGAUCAGACACCCCCUCUCACCACCUGGCGCGCGUGGGGACGGGUCUGCAGCCCCUUGUCCGCCCUACAACCCCCAUGGGCUGCCGCCCGCCGCCGCCUCGGCUGCCACCCAGGACAAGGCAGGGAUAAGCGCAGGACCAGACAGCCACCAUGUCUGGGGACUAUGAGGAUGACCUCUGCCGGCGGGCACUCAUCCUGGUCUCAGACCUCUGUGCACGGGUGCGAGAUGCCGACACCAACGACAGGUGCCAGGAAUUCAACGAGCUGCGAAUCCGAGGCUAUCCACGGGGUCCAGAUGCAGACAUUUCCGUGAGCCUGCUGUCGGUCAUCGUCACAUUCUGUGGCAUUGUUCUUCUGGGUGUCUCGCUCUUCGUGUCCUGGAAGUUGUGCUGGGUGCCCUGGCGGGACAAGGGAGGUUCGGCAGUGGGCGGUGGCCCCCUACGGAAAGACCUAGGCCCUGGGGUUGGGCUGGCAGGCCUGGUGGGUGGCGGCGGGCACCAUCUGGGGGCUGGCCUGGGUGGCCAUCCUCUACUUGGUGGCCCACAUCACCAUGCCCACACCGCCCACCAUCCGCCCUUCGCCGAGCUGCUGGAGCCGGGCAGCCUGGGGGGCUCUGACCCCCCAGAACCCUCUUACUUGGACAUGGACUCGUAUCCAGAGGCGGCAGCAGCAGCCGUGGUAGCUGCUGGGGUCAAACCAAGCCAGACAUCUCCCGAGCUGCCCUCCGAGGGCGGGGCAGGCUCUGGGCUGCUCCUGCUGCCCCCCAGUGGUGGGAGCUUGCCCAGUGCCCAGUCGCAUCAGCAGGUCACAAGCCUAGCACCCAGCACCAGGUACCCAGCCCUGCCCCGGCCCCUCACCCAGCAGACUCUGACCACCCAACCCGACCCAAGCAGUGAGGAGCGGCCACCCGCCCUGCCCCUCCCCCUCCCUGGUGGAGAGGAAAAAGCCAAACUCAUUGGGCAGAUUAAGCCGGAGCUGUACCAGGGCACUGGACCAGGUGGCCGCCGGGGCGGUGGGGGCUCUGGCGAGGCAGGGGCACCCUGUGGCCGCAUCAGCUUUGCCCUGCGGUACCUCUAUGGCUCCGACCAGCUGGUGGUGCGGAUCCUGCAGGCAUUGGACCUCCCCGCAAAGGACUCCAAUGGAUUCUCGGAUCCCUAUGUGAAGAUCUACCUGCUGCCAGACCGCAAGAAGAAGUUUCAGACCAAGGUGCACAGAAAGACCCUGAACCCCGUCUUCAACGAGACAUUUCAGUUCUCGGUGCCCCUGGCUGAGCUGGCGCAGCGUAAGCUACACUUCAGUGUCUACGACUUCGACCGCUUCUCGCGGCACGACCUCAUCGGCCAGGUGGUGCUAGACAACCUCCUGGAGCUGGCCGAGCAGCCCCCUGACCGCCCACUCUGGAGGGACAUCGUGGAGGGCGGCUCGGAAAAGGCAGAUCUUGGGGAGCUCAACUUCUCACUCUGCUACCUCCCCACCGCCGGGCGACUCACCGUGACCAUCAUCAAAGCCUCUAACCUCAAAGCGAUGGACCUCACUGGCUUCUCAGACCCCUAUGUGAAGGCCUCUCUGAUCAGCGAGGGGCGGCGUCUGAAGAAGCGGAAGACCUCCAUCAAGAAGAACACACUGAACCCCACGUACAACGAGGCGCUGGUGUUCGACGUGGCGCCCGAGAGCGUGGAGAACGUGGGGCUCAGCAUCGCCGUGGUGGACUACGAUUGCAUCGGGCACAACGAGGUGAUCGGAGUGUGCCGCGUGGGCCCCGAGGCCGCCGACCCCCACGGCCGCGAGCACUGGGCCGAGAUGCUGGCGAACCCCCGCAAGCCUGUGGAGCACUGGCAUCAGCUGGUGGAGGAAAAGACUCUGACCAGCUUCACAAAAGGCAGCAAAGGACUAUCAGAGAAAGAGAACUCAGAGUGAGGGGGCUGGCCUAGGCCGGGGAUCGGACCAGGCCCCCUUGGGAUACCAUUCCUUCCUGCCCGGACUGUGAACUCAUCUCCUCGAAGCCAUAAUGUCCGAGCUGCUGGUGCGGGGCAGGCCUGGGCUUGCCCUCCUCCCCUGGAGCGUGAGGGUGGGAGGCAGGCCCAGCUCCCUGUUUCAGGGUGGGGGGCGCUCAGCCUCCACUGUCUGUCUUCUCUUUCCUGGGGCUCCCCCUCGAGGCAAGGGGCCAUGCAUGUCUGGGGGACCCCCGCCCCACAAACCCUCUGUCUCUUUGUCUGUCUCUUUACUGUUGUCCAAGACUUGGUGUCCUGACCCUCGUUCUUAUGUGAAUGUCGACAGACCAGUCCUCUCUGUCCCCCCAGACACACACUCACACCCGCGUCCAUUCCUUGUGUUUGCCACACCCCGCGUCUGGCCGAUCCCCCCACUGCUGCUGCUACCACGCCAGAAUAAACACACGCCGUGGGUCUCACUCCA